UAAUAAAAUGUAUAUAAAAAUCUUUCACCAAUUAAAGCGAAACGAGUUUGAUUCCAUCUUGUUGGCGUUCACCAUGGCAUUUAGAUCUAUUAUGAUCCAAUACGCGGAAAUACAGAUGGUUUUGGUAAUAUUAUCGAUCAAUUUUAUGAUCAAGACUGCGGACAUAGAUGAGGUUUGUGUGAAAACAUUAGCAGGCUAUAAUGGCAGCGAUGAUCUAAAUAUUUUGGCCAUUGGAAUGAUUCGUACGAAUAUGUUAUUAGUGACCAGAGAUUAUAAUGUCUAUUUAAUCAAUCGUGAAUCAAUGGACAUGGCGAUAAAUACGUUAUAUUUACGAAAAAAAUCAGUACCAAUGUCGGAUCAAUAUCCAAAACUUUAUAAUAGUAAACAAAUGAAAAAUAUUAAACAGUAUACGUACAACACUGUAACAUUAAUCGAUAGUUAUAGUGAUUGGCUUUGUUUAAUCACAUGGAAACUAGUAUAUCCAUCUUUCGGACUUUGUUAUGAUCUGUCCCAUUCUCGAAUAAUUGUCGGCUGGCGUUUAACCAAUCGUUUUAAUGAAAUAACAAUUUCUACUACCAGGCCUGGAUAUUUUUAUACGAUAAAAAAUCAAAGUGAAAGCGAUCCAUCAUUACAAAUAGCAGCUUAUAGUACAUCAGAUUCUACAAUACAAGAUAAAACCCACCUAAUUAUAACUGAAUUUCGUUCACUUUGUUACGAUAAUGCUGAUCCAAAUCAGAUUCGAAUAAUAGAACAAUCUUUAUUUAAAACUUGCAGUAAGCCAGUCAAAUGGUCUGUGAUGAAAGGUUUUGUUGCGAACGGCCGAUUUUAUUUAUUUGCAAGGGAUUCGAUAUAUUCGUUUAAUGAAGAUGUUUAUAAUAGUAAAGAAGAAUCAUAUCCAUUUAAAAGUCAUUCUUAUCAAUCAUUUUUCAAUUGUAUCGGUUCAUCAGAAAUUAAAACGACAACAGUUACAGCUUUUCCAAUUACAACAAAAACAAGCCCCAGUGCUGUUACCAAAACAACAAAAUUCACUAAUCCAUCAUCUCUCACAACAGGAACAAAUUUGCAUACGAAAUCGACAACAGAAACAGAUCACACAACAACAUCAUCCUCUUUAGAACCAACUGAACCUUCAACUGGAAUAAAAUCUAUCAUUUAUAUAAUAUUAUCUACUGUUAUCACUGCGAUUUUUCUAUCAAUAUGUUAUUGUUGUUGCUGUAAACAAGAUUCAAGACUAAUAUUAAUAAAAUCUAUUUAUAGUAGUAAAUAUGGAAAAAGACGUUCAGGCAUAAGCCGAAUACAGAAUAGUCAAGCGAAUUCAAGUCACAAACGAUCAAAUGAUGCUGGUAGAUCAAGAAUUUCAUCACGAAAAACAACAUUGAAACUAAAAUCAAAACGAAGUGCUAGUAAUCGAUAUACGUCAAUAUCAACCAGUGGAAUUAGUAGGAAAGGAAGUUCAAAAUAAAUAUGAAUUCAUUUGUAAUGAUAAUGAUCAAAAAAAAAUUAAAUAUUCAAAAAUUAAUAA